AUGAAGCACCGACAAACACAAGAAAGAAACCUGUCUACUGGCGAAAGAAUAGACAGCGACAACCCCGCACGGCCAGCCACGGCACAUCAUUAUCAAUACCAGCUUUAUCAGCUUGCAGAAGAAUGCUAUUGUCUCUGCACGGCAAUGACGUGGAGAAGAAGGCGUCGCAGGUCGCGGCAGCUACCUCGGUCGAGGCGCAUGGAAACUGAAGAAAGCAGCCAUCAUGGAAGAGGACUUCCAACAUCCGCUGCACGUCGUGGAAGUUUCGCCUCUGAACAUUCAGAAGAUUGGAUGAUGCACUCGACCAGAGAUCCGCCGGUGUGUGGACGAUCUCCUUAA